UAUCCAAAGCGACGUACAAGGUUUUUUUUAUUUUAUUUUUUUAUAACCUGUAGGGCAUGUGAUGUGUGGGGGAAACCGGAGUACCCGGAGGAAACCCACGCAUGCAUGGGGAGAACACGCAACUCCACGCAGAAAGGCGAGUUUUGAACCUGCGACCUUCGUGCUGCGAGGCAACAGUGCUAACCACUGCGCCACCAUGCAGCCAAUUUAUCUAACAUUGAACUAAGUUCAACUUCAAAUUAUGCCUAAGUAAAAUGUGUCAAUAAAGUUAUUGUUUGUUCUUCUUUGUUCUCGCGAGAACAACACGCUGUUGCUGCAAUACUCGUUAGCCGUGGUAGCACCCCGUUUAGCUAGUCAGGUUUCUGUGGUCUUUAACAUCAUUUCUGACCACCAUGAGUGCGGCUAGGGUCACCGAUGAGUUCGAAAAAUCAAGACAUCGCCCGUUUUUGAUCGGGGUUAGCGGAGGGACGGCCAGCGGAAAGUCAACAGUUUGUGCCAAGAUCAUGGAGCUUCUUGGCCAAAAUAAAGUGGACCACCGCCAGAGGAAGGUGGCCAUCAUCAGCCAGGACAGCUUCUACAAAGUGCUGACCCCAGAUCAGAAGGCCAAAGCGCUAAAAGGCCAGUACAACUUUGAUCACCCAGAGGCAUUUGAUAACGAAUUAAUGUACAAAACCUUGAAGGACGUAGCAGAAGGGAAUGUGGUUGAAGUACCAACUUACGAUUUUGUCACCCACUCCAGGUUGGAGGACACGAUCACGUUUUACCCAGCAGACGUGGUCCUUUUCGAGGGCAUCCUUGUUUUCUACCCACAGAAAGUGCGAGAGAUGUUUCACAUGAAACUGUUUGUGGACACCGAUUCAGACGUCAGACUUUCUCGCAGAGUCCUGCGAGAUAUGAGCAGAGGGAGAGACUUGGAUCAGAUCCUUAAUCAGUACACGACCUUCGUAAAGCCUGCUUUUGAGGAGUUUUGUUUGCCUACGAAGAAGUAUGCAGAUGUCAUCAUUCCAAGGGGAGUUGAUAAUAUGGUGGCCAUCAACCUCAUCGUGCAGCACAUCCAAGAUAUUCUGAAUGGUGACAUUUGCAAAUGGCAGCGUGGCUCUACGAAUGGGCGGGGCUUCAAACGGGGGUCGGCUGAGCCGAGCGACCUGCAGAACGGAGCCACCAACCCUCCCUUAAAGAGGGUCCUGCUGGAGCCCAGUAGCCGGCCUCACUGAGACAGUCUGGAUGUGUGUGUGUGUGUGUGUGUGUGUGUGUGUGUGUGUGUGUGUGUGUGUGUGUGUGUGUGUGUGUGUGUGGAUGUAAAAUCUGAUUCGCUGCUGUUGUGUGUUGGAUAGAUCAGAAAUGUCAUCAAUCUCAGUAGUUUUAAAACGACCUCUUAUUUUAUUACUAUUGAUGUAACCAGUAUUUUAAUAGGUUUCUUUUUAAACAAGUCUUCCGUUUUACUUUAUAAAAAUAAUAUAAUACUUUUGUCAAUAGGAUUUAACAUUUAAUACUUUUGCACUUUCUAGUGACAGAACAAAAUCACCUGUGCUUCUAUGUAAACAAUCUAUGUAACUGAUAUUAUUUAAUGUGUUUUCCUGUCACAUUUUGUACUAAUUUAUUAAAUUAGGUCCUUAUGGA